AUGGAUCCACUGUCAAUAACUGCAUCAGCCUUCACGUUCAUAGACAUUGCAAAGCGUAUCAAAGAUUCUGUAGAGAAGGUCGCGCAGAAUCGCCAAACCCUCAACGAACUCAUGGACGAUGUUGUGGAGGAGCUCACGCAACUACAGAGGCUAUGUCAAGACCAGCAGGGACGCCUGAACUACCUCGAUCCGGAAUCGACGCGUUCCUUAGAAAAACUACAUUCCGAUUUAGUGAAUGUUCUGGACCGCUGCCUCAAACUCACAAAGCGGCGAACAGCCAACCGUGGCCUUUCUUCCGUAAAGUACUAUGUGAUCGCCUGGAUCAAAAACGCCGAGAUUGAGGGACAAAUACUUCGCCUUCGGGACCGCGUCUCCUCUGUUAACCGACGCUUGAAUAUCAUUUCAGCUCUGCGAGUUGAGCGAGCGGAAAGCGAACUUCUCGUUGCCAGCUCCGAGCACCGUGCAAUUUUGAACCGGCUGGAGGGCUCGAUAUCCCAGCUCCUCAUUAACUCACAUGCAAUGGGGACAUACCCUGCCUCGGUUCUUGAUCACCCCAGUUCCGAUGGCGUUGAAUAUCAGUACCUCUGUCUGCAAGUUCGAAGGACGGCUGAACUGCUUAGUCGUGUAUCGGACACAUAUACGUUCACAAUCGAGGAAACGCGCGGCGCCGAUCCCAUCGGGUACAGGUACCAGUCAGAUGUGAGCCUUAUGCGCUCAACCACGAUCGAGGUUCUUCAGACUUUACAACUUCUUGAAUUCGAACCAUCUAAACUCGCGCUUCGGGAAGGUUUUCAACAUCUUAGAAGUCUCGGCAACCAGCUGGUCCGUUUAGAACUGGAGGAAGAUGCGGCGAUCAUCUUCACCAGGACCAUAAACAUCUACGAACUUCUCAUGCAGAGAAAUCCCGGUACCUACCUGCCUUAUGUUGCCUGGGGGCUUAGAUCAAUGGCCUCGAUCUGCUAUGGGACCUCGGAAGGACUAGAUGCUGCAAAACGGGCAGUUGAUACGUGCAAGGAAGUGGCCAGUAUGCUGCGGGAGGAGUACUCGUUACAUCUCGUUCGAAGCCUCCAGGUAUAUUCGUGUCACCUCGCUGAGAACGGCCAUCUCGAUGAUGCACUUGCAUACGCGAAGGAAGCACUCGCCAUGCAACGCAAGGCACCUGUUCCUCAACAAGACUCGGGCUGCCUCUCGAUUUCAUGGGAGGCAUCUGGCGACGAGCGUGUCGCACUUUCUUCUGAGCGGACAAUCUUCAGGGCAUAUGAAAUGGCCGCCGACGAUGCAUUAUGCUUGGGACCUUACACGCAUGUUCUUGUACGCAUGGGUCGAUGGUCCGAAGCCUUAAUCAUCGCCACUGAAACCGUGAAUUGCCUGGAUGCUUUGGCGAGAUGUCAGCCUCACAGCAUGGAUCUCAAGCUCUGGCUCAUCUCGGUGCAAGAACGUCGCCAAGAUAUUAUUUCGAAGAUCUGUUCUCCGGGUCCUCCUCUCGUGGCCACCGUCUCCGAGGUCGAUGACCUAGAUAACUUCGAUCACGAUCCUGGAGAAGGUGGCGUCUGCGCCCAGUCUCUCCACCCACAACGUGAUAACCCUUAUGUGCCACGCUCCUUUCCCUUCUCUGUUCAUACUUCAAGAGAUGCGCGGUCGGGGAUUCUACCCUUCGAGCCUGCUGCUCCUCCUAUACCUACAACCAUCUCCUGGCACGAUUGGAGCUUAAUUGGCGGUGCGUAUGAUGAACAACAGGCGACCUUCAAGCGAUCACAACCACUAAGACAAUAUCCACUGACUAGAGCCAGCAAUGAUGACAUUCCAUCGUUAAGUGGACACGCCCUUGCAUUGGACGCGAACUCAAUCAACGAUAUCCUUGCAACGACCCGGCAGAUCCCUUCGUGUCAGGCGUGCGUGAUGGAGGGUACAAGUUGGCAAGGCUCAGCCGAAGAUAACAUAGAUAAAUACAAUUCUUCUAUGGGUUCUUCCAAGUCUGCCUCGGGCAACCGUUUACCAGAUAAAUGA